UAUAAAGAGGGACUGUUGCAGACUCUGAAACACAUUGCAUUUAUUUUCUCUCUGAGACGGGAAAACAGUCAACAUUCAAGAUGAAACUGUCCAUUGCCAUUGCCGUGUUAAUGCUUGUGUUUGCUGCUCACACAGACGCUCAGGAAGCAGAGAAGUCCAUUGAAGACCAUUUCACUGAGUUUGGUGCUAAGCUGAAGGAGUUUACUGAUGGCAUAUCCGUUAAAACCAAGGACGUGGUGGACAAGGUUGGGGACAGUGAGUUUGUCACCAAAACCAGGACCUGGUUCACUGAGCAGUUUGAUAAGUUAAAGACCAAGAUGGAUGAGACUUUCCAAAAGCAGUAGUAAGCCUGUUCACCUCUGACUGAACCUGCCUUCCCGCCUGCCUGGCCUUGGAUCUGACCCAGAGAACUCUCCUGUCACCCUUUUUGCUUCGUCUUGUCUGGUAACAUGGUUGCCAUUGUGCUGACGGGUGUGUUGUGUCAACAAUCAACAGUUACAUUCAUCCUUUAUGAAGAGACUAAAGUCUUAUUAAUGUGUUUUGCUAUAAAAACAAUGCCAACGGUCAAAUGGAACACAAAUGAACAAUAAAGAUACAUUUGUGAUAAUACAA